AUGUUUGCAUUGGACAACGACACUCAUUUACCAGUCAUGAUUGACUCUCCUACAAAAACACCUUUUAUUCAAGACUUAGAAACGUGUAGGUGGUCUUGUCACGUCCAUUCAAACUCAGACUGUUCAAUGACUUACAUCAAUGGUAUACAAUAUCACGUGGUUGAGAUAAAACCGGUGAAUCGUUCGAAAUAUGCAAUAAAUGAAUAUAAUAGACCGCCUCCACACUUGCGUAAAGAUUUAAAUAGUUCGUACGGAAAUAAUGACUUUUGGGAACCUUUAACUGCUUUUUCUAUGGAUCCACCCAUGAUAUGUGCGUUUGAUAAAUGUUCACAAAAAUUCGACAAAAACGCUUUGGUUAAAAUAUUCAAUACUAUUUUUCGAGGUUUACAUGAUCGGAAUGAACAAUUUUUUAAAUAUAACACACCGUUCGACAUGGUACACAAACACAUUUUGACGGAUGGUUUCGGAAAUUUUACAUUAUGCAAUCGUCAUCUUUUGUUCAAACACUCGAGACCUAAAUUAAAAUAUAUAUCGAAACUUUGGGAACGUGGUAUAUUGAAAACUUUAUUUCCUAAACCUGAUAAUCGCGCAUGUGCCCUUAGACGUGCGAUCUUGGGUAAACGAAGCUUUGAGUAA